UGGCUUGAGUUGAGGGCGCCUCCGACGAGAACAAGGAAGUCCCGCGCGGUCCUAGCGAUAGAGAGACCGAGUGCACCAGCAGUGGUUGGCAGGAACCGAAGUAAUAGGCGAUUGUGUGUGGUGAAGUGAAAUCCUUCGGGCUCCGGUGGCUCCGUCCGUCAAAUCGAGAGGAUCACGCUCACGGAUCACGCGCUGCAUUCUGCCGUGCGGCUGACUCUUUCGCUGAUUGUGCUUUCGGUGCUCGGUUGUUGGCCAGUUAGUGAGAGUGGUGGUUUUCCGAAGCCAUCUGACAUCCGUCGGACGGUCGCUGCCCGGAACAGGAAACACUGCCACCUCGGCCCCCGUUCGGUGAGCGUUGAAAGCGUCGUCGAACGCGUUCGUCAGGAUGCGCUGCCACACGUGGACUCCGGUGCUGGUCGCCUACAUGACCCUGUCCGCUUGCCUGUCGGUGUCGUGGUCCCUACCGGCCGGUGGCUCCGGUUCGAGCAGCGGCACCGUGGGCAGUAGUGCCGGCGAGCUCGACAUGGACGAGCUGACCCGUGACCGGGGCACCCCGGGCCAGGGCGAAAUCUCGACCUCCCAGUUCCAGCACAUGCUCGCCGUCCGGUCACCGAAGUACAACUUUGGUCUCGGCAAGCGCCGCUACAUCAUCGAGGAUGUGCCGGGCGCGAAACGGCUGCCCCAUUACAACUUUGGGCUCGGCAAGCGCGGCAGUGCUGCUCUGGGUGGCUCUGACUACGAGUACGACGUGGGCAAUCAGCUCGGCUGGAACGAUAACGACUACAAUCUGAUCACGAAGGAUGGGCAAUUUGACUACGACGGGGAGAAGGACGGUGCUAAGCGGGGCAACACUGGCAACGGACCCAAUCGGUACCACUUUGGGCUGGGUAAGAGGCGCACAUACGACUUCGGGCUCGGCAAGCGCUACUUCGAAACGGACGACUUCAACAAGCGGCUCCCGAACCGCUACAACUUCGGCCUAGGCAAACGCUAAUCAGUUUCCGGUUGCCGUUGCGUUCCGCCGAUGCGUCUACUGUCAAAGCCCCGCUCCCGAGAGAAUGACACUCUUCCCCCCCAACCCCGGUCGCAACUUUAGAACGAUCAUCACCACCUUUCCACUAACCGCAGCCACAUCGAUAUCGGCCAGCUCGACGGAUCAUUCGGCGCUUUCCGUUACUCUGAACGUAACGUAACGAUUCACAUACCGAUUCUGGGAGGCAGAGGCAGCAGCAGAAUGAGUAAACAGAGCAUGUGUGGCCGAAGGCGAAAAAUAAAAAGUAAUCAAGCAAAUUUCAAGCCAAAAACAACCGUGACUAACAGACACACAUAACAGUUCGUAUGUAUUUUAAGGGUGAAUAAAAACGACAAGCAAACAUUAAUGGCCAGUAAAUUGUAACAAAUAUUCUUCCAAUUGUUUUACACGAACACGUUUCAACACGUCACCAACACGUCAAGAGCUACUCUAUUGUAAUAACUGCGACAAGAAGAAUCAAACAUUUUAAAUCUAUCCCUCAAAUUUAUGGCGUGCCAGUUAUGGUGCACGUUUCGUAUAUUAAACUUUUCUAACGCUACAACCCUGUCCUUCUGGGAACCGUAAAUGUAACAUUGCAACAGCUUCUCAGAGGGUCGCAUAGAUUGUCCACCAGUGGAACAGGCGUUAGGAACCGGGGAGCGCAGGACACAGGCACGCAGGUAUUGUACAGACCAUGAUAAAAAUUUACACUACGAAAUGACUGACCACAAUGGUUGCAAUGCGUCCCGAGCAAUCGAGUUUCGAGCCUAGGUUAGAAUGUCCAUUAGGCCAAGAGCCACGAGGUUUUGACUUUAGUUACCCUCAGAUUAUGCUCAAACUUCCGUUUCAGCGACAAACCGGUUUUUGUGCUCUCAAUUUCUCUCUCUUUCGUUGCCAUCAGGACCAGGAAGAUAACAUUUUCAGUCAGUGAGUUACGAUCAGUUCAAUGCAGCUUGGGACGGUGUGCCAUGGUAAUGAGAUUCGAACCAGAGCGGCAUUAGGGAGGAAGAAAUAUUGCAACACACAGACAUGGUUGACCUGGACGUACAUCAAUUUCAAUACAUGUGUGUAAAAUAACUAACUAAACAAAGCGUACAACUAUCUGUAGCUACACAGCCACAUUCUGUAAAUAAUCAUCCUAUGAAACCUCGGAGCAGAAUAAAAUCUUGGUUAAUCACAACACAAUCUAA